AUGUCGACGUUGACAAAGAUAUCAGGGUCAUUUGACCAGCCCCACGAUGCCGCUACCACAGAGACCAAAGUGUCUGCCUCACAAAGUGUCGAAUGUGAUCCACACCUCGUCUUCCUUGAGCCGGAGGAUAAUCCGCAGAACAUGUCCUCGUUCAGACGGUGGCUCGCGGUCCUGAUCAUCAGUUCCGCCUCUCUAUGUGUGACAUGUACCUCUUCGAUUGCGAGUCAUUUUGCUGCGUUCACAGAACAAGGUGUCGCUGAAACAUUCCAUGUCUCACAAGAAGUGACCGUUCUUGGAAUUAGUCUAUUUGUCGUAGGUCUCGGAAGUGGACCGCUCCUCGUUGGUCCAUUGUCCGAAGUAUAUGGCCGAAAUAUUGUAUACCAAAUAUCUUAUGCGUUAUUCUUCAUCUUCACAUUCCCCGUGGUGUUCGCUCCCAACAUCGCUGUUUUCUUGGUCUUUCGCCUUAUCACUGGAUUCUGCGGAUCAGCCUUUUUGAGUGUAGCUGGAGGUAGUGUAAGCGAUAUGUUUCCGAAUUCGAGUAUUGCAAGUCCGAUGGCUGUGUAUACCAUAUCUCCAUUUAUCGGACCAGUGGCUGGCCCUGUGAUUUCUGGAUUCAUCAAUCAGCACCUAUACUGGGAAUGGACGUAUCGAGUGCAGUUGUGCUGGAUUUUCGUAGAGUUUCUGAUGUUGCUUUUAUUUGUUCCUGAGACGUACGUCCCAGUGAUCCUGAAGAAGAAGGCAAGAAGACUGCGGAAGUCGACUGGAGACCCAAAGUUUUAUGCUCCAUUGGAUAGACGGGAAGGCACUCUUACUUCUGCUAUCCUCGUCAGUUGCUACAAACCGUUUCAAUUACUUAUAUUCGACCGAAUGGCACUGCUUUUAGACUCCUGGAAUGCCCUUAUUCUUGGAAUCCUAUACCUGGCAUUCCAAGCAUUCCCCAUUAUUUUCGAAAAUAUUCAUGGAUUUAAUAUGCAAGACACUGGACUAGCGUUCAUUGGGAUUGGAUUCGGGAUGCUUUCAGCCAUCUCAACACAACCGCUCUGGAACAGGGGGGUCCCAUUUUCUCUGGCGUUCAGCAUUAAAUCAAUAUUAAUGGUCCUCAUUUCUAGACUAUAUGCCCGUGAAACUGCCAAACACAACGGUAAUCCACCUCCUGAGAUGAGGCUUAUUAUGGGUCAGGUAGGAGCGAUACUCGUGCCAGUGGGUUUGUUCUGGCUCGCAUUCACUACAUAUCCGCAAGUCCACUGGAUUGCCCCAAUCAUCGCGUCUGUACCUUUCGGCUCUGGGAUAUAUUUUGUUUUCACAUCAACGUUCACGUACCUUGUCACCGCAUACCGCCCAAUCGCUGCCUCUGCCAUGGCAAGUAAUAGUGCAUUGCGGUCAGCAUUUGCCGCUGCAUUUCCGUUAUUCGCGGGAGCAAUGUAUAAUAGACUGGGGACUGUUGGCGCUACCGCUCUUCUGGCUGGUCUCUCAACGAUUAUGGCGCCAUUACCUUUCAUAUUUUACCGAAUUGGCGCGCGAUUGCGGAAGAAUUCGCGUUUCGCAGCAGAUUGAAUAUUUUUACACAUACGACCUAUAGAUAUUAAUAUUGUCAAACGGCAAAGCUCCAGCGCCUUGUACGUCGAAUCAACCUAACUUAUAAAUUGACGCGUCGGCGGCAGUGGCGGCUUCUCUAAAAUAAACACUAGACGAUCGCAUAUCUCAGAAAAUACUUACAUACUUUUUGCAUGAUUGAUCACGACGGGUGCGUGACUCUAAAUACUGAGUUUCCG